GGUGCCCCCAUUGCCAAGUCUGCCCAACACAAUAACCCCGCGCCUACAAGAGCAGCAGCAGCAGCAGCAGCAGCAAGCCACCAUCCUUUGGACCUGCAGGCUGAGAUCUCAGUGGGACGACCCUUCAUUAUGGAGAAUCCGUACUUCCAUCCCGACUACCAGCCGUAUCCACGGUCUGUCCUCAUCGGGACGUCCAUAUUGUUCAUCAUCACCCCAAUUGUCUCCGUGGGCCUCAGGUUCUACUCACGGUCGCUGGUCGCCGCCCAUUUAUCCAUCGAUGACUGGAUCACCAUCCCGUCUGCGAUUAUCUGUGUAGGGCUGGCCAUCAACCAGCUCAUUGCGACCACAAUUGGAGGGCUUGGGACUCAUCAGAUACUUGUCGACGGCCAGCUCGCCCACACGCACCAGCUCUAUGUCUACGAGUACACCAAAUAUACCUUUCACGUGCUCGGGACCAUCGGCCUGGGCAUCAUCAAGCUCUCGGUCCUCUUCUUCUACCGAAGAAUCUUUGCAAUCCGGGCCUUUCGCAUCAUCAAUAAUGUCUUCAUCGUCAUCACCAUCGCCUGGACCAUCGCCAUCACCUUUGCGCUUGCCUUCCAGUGCUACCCCGUGCACAACUUCUGGGACCUGUUUGAGAGCGAGUACACGGAGCACUGUGUCGAGGUGACGGCUCUAUACCUCGCCGUGGCUGUCUCCGACAUGGUCCUCGAUAUCCUGAUCUUUCUGCUGCCCGUACCUCAUCUGUAUUCUCUGAAGAUGCCGCUGGGACGGAAGCUCGCCGUCUGUGGCAUCUUCCUGCUGGGAUCGAUCGUCGUCGCCUGUGGUGUUACCCGCGUCAUCAUCUUCGACUGGGUCAUCGAGUUCAUGAAGGUGGACCCGAUGGCCUGGGUAAUGGACACCACCUGGUACUCGUCGGGCGUGCUCUUCUGGCACAUCACCGAGAACGUCGUGGGCCUGCUGGGCUGCUGUCUGCCUACGUACCGGCCGCUGGUCAGAAAGUUCCUGCCCAAGCUCAAGAUGAGCACCGGCGGUGGUUCCUACGACAUCUCCGGAGGUGACAACUCGGCCAAGCUGAAAUACCACCAGCAGCACCAACACCACCACCACCACCACCCGCCACGGGCCUCCUACCGCAGGCAGCAGGAGGAUGAGUGGCCCCUGGCGCCCGGGGCUGAUGGCAAGUCGGCAGCCACGACGAGGGUUGUGGGCGCAGGGUCAGAUAAUUACCCGCUCGAUUCCCUGCCCAAAGACAGGAUUAUGGUCCAGAGGGACUUCCAGGCGGAAACUUCAAUGGUUUGAUGAUGUGAACCAGGAAAAAGGAGGGGAGGGGAGGGCGGGCAAAGGGAACAAGUGUGACAUGAACUUCCGAUUCGAUAUGACGACCAUGUGCAAUAGAUGCUAUUCUAAUUGAUGAUAGACCGGAGCGCUGGUUCAUUGCUUUCUACAUGAUUGACUAGGAGAGAGGCACGUCGACAUCAGCCUGCCGUCCUCACACGUUACAUUAUGCAUUCACC